AUGUUUGCUAAGAGGAUAGCAAAUGGCUGGAAGUGGUUAUCUAAUGUCAGAGGUUCUUCAAAAACUAGGAUUCUUAUUCUGUGGGAUCCAAGGAUUUUUGAUGUUCAGAUUGUUAAAAUCUCAGAUCAGCAAAUUACUUGUGCAAUAAAAUCAUUUGAUGGAAGGCUGGAUUGUGUCAUUUCAUCAGUGUAUGGGUUUAAUCAAAUGGAGGCCAGACAAGAGUUAUGGUUAGAAUUAAACCAAAUUCUGCAACUAAUUGGUAGUGUUCAUUGGCUUAUCUGUGGUGAUUUUAAUGCAAUGAUUAGUAAUGAUGAAAAGCUUGGUGGAGCAGUCCUUACUAACUCAGAUACUAGAGAUUUCAACAAUUUCAUUACAGAUUGCCACCUUAAUCACAUGAAAACUCUAGGUUGCUUUUAUACCUGGAAUAAUAAACAAAUGACAGAUACCAGAGUGUGGAGUAGACUUGACAGAGUUUUAGUGAAUGAUCAAUGGAUUAAUGUUUUUAAUUCAAGUCAUGCAGAAUUUUUGUUACCUUACUUUUCAGAUCAUUCUCGAGCUCUGAUUUCUAUCUAUGAGGAUUGUUUGCAAGGAAAAAAGUCCUUUAAAAUUUUCAAGAUGUGGACCAAACAUGCAGAUUCCCUACCUACUGUCUCUGAAAUCUGGAAAUAUGACAUUCAAGGAUGCACAAUGUACUCUGUAUGCACCAAACUCAAUAUGCUAAAGGGAGCUUUGAAGGUGUUAAACAAGAGACACUUUUACAAUAUUAGUGAGCAGGUACAAAGAGCAAAGUUUGUUUUGGAAGAUACUCAGAAGAAACUUCAAAACAACCCCCUAGACCCUAUGCUCAUCUGUCAAGAAAAAGAAAAUAUUUCUUCUUACAACAAAUUUAUGGACUGUGAAGUAUCAUUCUAUCAACAAAAAGCUAGAGUAGCUUGGAGUAUGCAUGGUGACAGGAGCACUAGUUAUUUUCAUGCUGUUGCUAAAAGGAACAGGCACAAAAAUAAUGUGAGAGUUCUCUACAUCAUCAAAUCUAGACCUUGCCUGUUAGAGUCUCAAAUCAAGAAAUUAUCAAAACCUGUCUCUAAAGAGGAAAUUAAAGUGGCAAUCUUCUCCAUGUCUAAUAAUAAAGCUCCAGGGCCAGAUGGAUAUAGUGUUUUAUUCUUCAAAACUGCAUGA